UCAAUCAGAACUGAUUACAAGCUCCUCUUUGACCUUUGCAAAAACUUCCCACAUGGAGGAGAAGCAAGUCAUUUUCAAGGCCAAACGUUUGUGUGAAUUGUUUUCCGAAGUGUCAGAGGCUGGUAAAUCUUUGUUUGUGCAGAAAGUGAAGGAGUACAUAAAUCAAUAGAUAUUUUGCCAAUCCCAUGCGUCAAGAUGAGCGCAGUUACUGAUAUGACCGGUGAAGAAAGCAACCUCAUGGAGCCUGUUGAAAUGGACUUGACCUGUAAUGUUCCUCCUGUCAGAACUUCAUCCCAGCAGACUGAAGUGCCAGGAGGUGCUGAGCAGCAGACCAUGAGAGUUUACCUCCGAGUCAGGCCCUUUUCCAAAGAGGAACGCGCUGACAAUGAGGAUCAGGAUUGUGUAGUGAUUGAAAACAGUCAAACAGUGACACUGAAUGCACCAAAGGGCUCCGCCACCAUGAAAAGCAGUGAGAAGGGAAUCGGCAUGUCACUCCACAAGUUCUCCUUCUCACAGAUUUUUGGACCCGGGAUGACGCAGUCUGAGCUAUUUGAACAUACCGUCAAAAGCCAAAUGUAUGAUUUCUUGGGCGGGAAGAAUGCACUGAUUUUCAGCUAUGGUGUAACCAAUGCUGGGAAAACCUAUACAAUCCAAGGAACUCCAAAAGAUCCUGGAAUACUUCCCAGAGUGCUGGAUGCCACCUUUCACUACAUUGGAGGCCAUCAGUAUGAGCAGAUGGACCUGAAACCUUACCUCAGGAAUGACGCACAAUAUCUGGAUCCUGACCAAGUCAAGCAGGAGAGAAGUGUUAAAGCUGCAAUUUUUGCCUCAGUCAAAGAAGAGUGUGAUCCUCUCAGAGCCAGUGGUGGUUUAGAGUCUUCGUCUUGUUCCACCUCUGCUCUCUCAUCCUCCUCUUUGUCCUACAAUCAAACAGUGUUGGCAAGCGACCCAACAGAAGCAGGCGGCAGCCAGUUUGCCUUAUGGGUGGCAUUCUUUGAAAUCUACAAUGAGUGUGUAUAUGAUCUGCUUCAACCUUCUCUGUGCUCCAAGUCUAAGAAACGUGCUGCUCUCAGAGUAUGUGAUGACGGUGCUGGGAAUGCUUAUGUCAAAGAUCUCAGGUGGAUUAACAUCCAGACACUGGGUGAAGCCAGCAAACUGCUACAGUUUGGAAACAAGAACAGAAGUGCUGCAGCUACAAAGAUGAACCAGUCGUCUAGCAGAAGUCACAGCAUAUUUACCAUGAAGUUACUGAAGAUCGAUGACAGCACAGUGAAAAGGAUCUCAGAAUUUUCUCUGUGUGAUCUGGCCGGCUCAGAAAGGUGCAACAAGACCAAGACAUUUGGAGAGAGGCUGAAAGAGGCAGGGAACAUAAACAACUCCCUGCUCAUUCUGGGGAAAUGCAUCACUGCUCUUCGCAACAACCAGACCGACAGGAUGAAGAGCAGCUACAUCCCUUUCAGAGAGAGUAAGCUCACCAAGCUCUUCCAGGCUGUUUUCUGCGGCAAAGGAAAAGCGUCAAUGAUCGUCAACAUUAACCAGUGUGCUUCCACCUAUGACGAAACCCUCCAUGUUAUGAAAUUCUCUGCCGUUGCCAAACAGGUGGUGCAGGUGAUCCCAGACAAGCCUGUGGAAUCUCUGGCUCCUUGUAUGGUCGGCCGUGAUGGCAAGCCUUUGGUGAGGAAUGGUGUGGUCGACAGCCAGGCCCUGGAGAGCUACCUGUCCGAGGAGGAACUGCUGGAUGAGGAAGACGAGGCUGAUAUGUCUUUGCUGCCACAGAACGAGGUUCUGAACAUGAUUGAGAGCCUGCGAGCAAAACUCCUGGCUGAGCGAAGAAAAAACCUAGUUCAGGAAAUGGAGAUCCGCAAGGAAAUGGGAGACGCGAUGUUACAACAGAUCAUGGAGAGUGAAGAACUGCGCAGUCGAAAGAUAGAAGAGCUGAAGGAGAGCUACCAAGAGAAGCUGGAGAACACCUUUGAGAUGUACAAGGAUGCUAUCAAAGAACAUGCCUACCAGAGUGCUAUGAACAAUCUGGAAGAUGACUACGUACCUCUUGAUGAGUUCAUUGCUGAACAGGAGAAAGUAGAGGCCCUCAAACGAAAAGUGUCAGAGAUGGAAGCCUUAACAUCCAGUAACGGAGGAGUGUGUGCAACUCCAACAGUAAAUCAGUCGUGCCAGACUGCACCAUCUAAAGCGUCAGAAGCAGCAGCGGAAGAUCGAUGCAAAUGGCUUUACAAAGAAAAAUGUGCCAUAGAGAGGAUGUGUGAGGAUAAACAGCAGUUGAUUUUGUCCCUAGAGAGCAGACUAAUGUCGCUCAGUGAAACACUUCAGAAGGUCAGCGACGACUUCAUGAAGAAAUCAGCUGAUCUGGAGGCUCUGCAGAGGAAAGCUGAUGAUCAGAAAAAAUCUAUGGAGGACAUCUUAUGUCAGAACGUUGAGAAGGACAGGGAGAUUGCCUCCCUAAAGGCAGAACUUGCCAAGGCAGAACUUGUCAAGAUCUCUCAGAAGUCCCCUGUGCAGCCCAAAACCAAGCGAGGUCUGCUUGCCAACAUAAGGGAGGCAGUGACUUCUCCACGGAAGGGUACAUCUGUCCGAACCCUCAGGAAAACGGUUAGGACUGCACACCACUGAAAAGCCCAGAAUCUGGACAAAAGGAGAACGAGAGAGAUUCCUUUUUAGUUUUAGGAUACCCGGGAAAAAGAGUGACUCUUUAUUUUAUUCAGAUGCAGUACAUUUCUU